AAGCACCUGGCCCCGCCCAAGCACGGUUCCUUAAUCCUCAUUGGACUUCGUGAGCCGGGGGCUCCGCCCCACACACGCUGCCUGGACACGCCCUUCGGCGCCAAAGUGAUGUUGAGGGUUGGGGCGGAAAAAGUGCGUCUGAUGGGUGGAGAAUCAUAGUUUCUAUUGGUUAAUGCCAGGAAACCCCGCCUUCAGGACAUUUUUAACCAAUAGAAGUGCAGCAUUUUCAAUUUAAACUCUCUAUAAAGUUCGGUUUAGCCAACGCUUACAGUGGCGCCAGAGUUUUGAACUGCGCUGCUGAGGGAGGAGUACGCGUCCUCUGCGUGGUCGCCUGGAUGCAGCUCGCCAUGGCCGUACCCUCCCUUGAGGAGCUGGACUCCCUCAAAUACAGCGACCUGCAGAGCUUGGCCAAGAAUCUGGGCCUCCGGGCUAACUUGAGGGCAGACAAGUUGUUAAAAGCCUUGAAAACCCACCUUGAACAUGAGGCAAAAAAAGAAAAUGAGAAUCAGGAUGACAGUCAAACUUCUGCAUCGUCUUGUGAUGAGGCUGAGAUUCAGAGCAGCGGCCAGGAACAAGCAGAGAGGGAGCGAGUUGGCCAAGGCACCAAAACCAGGAGAAGGUGCCGGACAGUCUACAGGAAUCCUGACUCCCAGCUGGAUCACUCAGAGAUAAAAGUAAGUGAUCACACUGAAUUCCAGAAUCAAGAGAAGCAGGAAAACCAGGAUCUCAGAACAGUUGCAGAAGUUCCUUCACUGCCAGAUGAGAGCCAAGGAGAGGAGAAUGCCGCUUCCUCACGAAAAAGAAGAAUAAAUGGUGAUGAAGAUUCAAAGGUACCUUCAGAAAGAAAGAAGCCUCUCUACACAGAUGGGUUUUCCAAACCUGGAAAAAGCAAAAGAACUGCAAGCACUACUCCAAACUUUAAGAAGCUUCAUGAGGCUCGUUUUAAGGAAAUGGAGUCCAUUGAUCAAUAUAUUGAGAGAAAAAAGAAACUUUUUGAAGAACACAAUUCAUUUAAUGAACUGAAGAAGCAGCCCGUCACCAAGGGAGUGGCGGUGACUCCAGUUCCUCUCCGAGGAAGGCUCCCUGUGGCGUGUACGCCCACCAGCCAACGCCGCUCGCAGGGCCGGCCCCUGGGCGCUGCAGGCCGGAGCACCUUGUGUGGCAAGGGCUCCACCAAGCGUUCCGUUCUCUCGGCAACUAAAAUGAACGUCAGGUUUUCAGCUGCUACCAAAGAUAAUGAGCAUAAGCGUUCACUGACCAAGACUCCAGCCAGGAAGUCUCCACAUGCGACCAUAUCUGGGAGUACCCCUAAAGGCCAGGCUGUGCUCGGGACAUACAAGUUAGAGACCACAACCGGGAAUUCUGCUUCUGUUGUUACUCCAUUCAAGCUGACAACUCAGGCAGCACAGACUCCAGUCUCCAACAAGAAGCCAGUGUUUGAUCUCAAAGCAAGUCUGUCUCGUCCCCUCAACUAUGAGCCACACAAAGGCAAACUGAAACCAUGGGGUCAGUCUAAAGAAAAUAAUUCUCUGAAGGAGCAUGUAAACAGAGUUAGCUUCUGUAAGAAAACUUACAAACAACCUCCUCUCCAGACUAGGGAGGAACAACGGAAACAACAUGAGCAAAGACGAAAGGAGAAGAAAGCAAAGGUUUUGGGAGCUCGAAGAGGCCUCAUUAUGGCUAAAGAUUAAUUUUUUAACAUCCUGUAAAUAGUACUUUAUUCUGAACCCUUUCUUUAAUGUAAAUAUUUUUCUACUGUCUUCCCCACUUUAGUCAAAACUUUUUUCUGUUCUUUGUUCACUAUCUAUGUAGUAUUGGUGGUUUUCUUCACAUGCUACAUCCCUGAAAAGAUGUUAUUAACCUUAAAGCUCACUAAUUCUUUGAAAUGGUUUUCUGUAGUUUUCUGAAACUCAUCCUAUAGAUUCUCGACCUAGAUUUUUAAUGUCGGGUUCCCUCUGCUGACAGAACUGGAAUCCUCUUCUAGACAGAAGCAUUUACCUGAUGGGAGGUAGUUCUUCCACAAGCUUUAGAACUUGGACCACUACCAAGUUGAGAAAGCCACCUCUUCCUCCUGUAGAGGAUCGAGUAGUCUUAAUGAAACAGGGAACCAAACAGGUUGGUAACAGCAUAAAUAUUCUACCUAUCUGAAGUGUUUUGUUACCCAUGCACGUUUGUUCAGACCACUUGAUGUAACUGCCAUCUGUCACUCAAUAUAUUCUUAAAAACUCUAUAGCUCAUUCUAGCCUUACUUAAAAAUAUACAGAGCCAUACCGAAAUCCGAGGACUGCUGCUUCUAAUAUGCUUUGUCAGACUUACAUAUUACUUUAUGGAAAAGACUAGAGUUGCUUAGCCUCAUAGCCAUUUUUGUUGUACCUAUGUGGAGCUUCUGAGCUUUGAACUGAUUAACAUUUUCAUAAAUGUUUCUUCAUGGUGGUAGAGUCUUUGUAAAUAAAUGUAACAAGUUUACUUGUACUCUCUGUGCAUCCUGUCCUGACCACCUCUUCUCACCCUAGGAAGACAUGACCACGUCCUCCUCCUGUGUUUUUCACAGCACAUGUCCAACUCUGUCAUACUUACUGUUCUAUGUAUGAGUCCACAGAACACUGGCAUACUCCUGGGUGCUGAAUAAACUCAGCUUGUAUUAUGAAGCAGCAGAGAUCAGAUCAAUUAAAUCACUGCAGCGAGGAAGGUAAAAUGGUAUAAUCACUUUGGAAAACAGGUUGGUAGUAUCUUAACUGGAUGUCUACCAUAUUACCCAACAACGGCAUGGAACACACUGAAGGUCAAGAAGCAUAUUACUGUCUACUCCGAGGUAUAUACCCAGGACAAAGAGAAGCACAUGUCCACACAAGAACUUGUAGGCAGGUAUUUACAGGAGUAUUAUUCCUUGUAGCCAAAAAGUAGAGAAAAUAGAGCUGUCCAUUAAUAGAUUAAAAAUGAUGCACUAAAAAGGAAUAAAGUACUAAUAAAAUGUUACAACAUGGAUGAAUCUCACAGAUAUUAUGCUAAGUGAAAAGAAGCCAGACGUAAAAGAUCACAUAUUACAGGCUCUUCUUUGUAGGACAUAAUCCAGAUAAGCUAAACCUAUGGAGAAAGUAGAUCAACAGCUAACCUGGGGCUGGGAGGGAAUUAAGAG